CUGGCGGGUAUCAUCCGCAAAGGAAUCUUCAGUUUCGUGGCAUUCGAAGUCACUGCAGCUGCUCUCGGAUUUGCUGCAUUCCGUACAAUACGAAGAAGUGAGGAGAAAAGAAAAUAUUUAUAUGUCAAUUGGCCUUCAGUUGCUUCAACGUAUUAUUGGGUUGAGGACUCAAUCUCAUUCGGACAACUCACUGGAACACGUCUCCGACUAAACGAUCAACGUCGUUGGGCUCAAAUCGAUCCACACGCAGACAACAUUGAGACGGACUAAUGGUUUCAAAAUCUCAAAUUCAAACUGGUAUCCUUGGUGUUAGUCUGAUGAUGGCUAUCACGUGUAAUCAUAUAUACGAAUAUUGGCAAAGGAAUAAACCAUCACCGGAAAUUCCAGUUCAAUCAUGGGAUAAAUAUGUGAAAAUGCAGAAGGAGAGCGGCAAGGAUUAUUGAAUUUUCAAUAUUUUGUUAGAAUUUAAUUGUUGAUUAGUUUUUUUAAAUUAAUAAAACUUGAAAUU